AUGUCUGGGCUGGGGGUUAGGUAUACUAGGGAAAGGAAACGAUUUAAGGCUUACACAUGGAAAUAUCGCAAGACAAUUUCACCGAGUGCAUCCUUUUUUUUGUUAGUCAACCAAAUUUUUGGACUUGGAUUAGUUGAAGUACCACUUAUAGUAAAAAGUGGAGCCUUUACGGCACUUUGGAUAAACAUAUCAGUGUGUUUCAUUGCAGUAGUAUGCAGCCUCAUGGUAUUACGCUCCAUGACCAUAAUACCUCAAAAUUCUAAUUUUGAGCAGAGAAUAGAGUAUAAUGCUUUGGCAAAAUAUUUUUUACCUGAAAAGGAUUUUCAAAUGGUGGCGGCAAUUUAUCACAUUGGCGAAUUCAUAUCACUAAUAAGUGGUAUUAUCACAACUUCAAGACUGGUUGACAUAAUGAUAUUGAGUAUUUUCGGUCGAACUGUGGGUAUUCUGUUUAAACCGACACUUAAAGCUGGAUUUUUUGACUCUGAUAUCGUAGAAGAGAUUUAUGGAAUGGGAGAUGAAGCGCGAAUGUAUUUGGGAAUUACAGUGGGAUACAUAAUACCAGCACUAGUAUCUAUGUACUUGUCCAGAAAGGAUUUACAGGAAACGGUCAAGUUUCAGUUCCUAUCUUUUCUAGCGUUAUCCAUGUCGGGUUUUGUGAUAAUCAUAGCCACCAUUACUAGGAUCAAUUACCCAGCACCUGAGGUUGCCAAGAGUGUAAAAAUUAACAACCUAGCAGAAUCUUUGACAGCAUUUAUAGAUAAUUACAGCUUUGCUGCUAGUACUCCCUCAUGGGCAAACGAGAUUACUGAACAAGUAAAGGUGAGUGGUGUAGUGUGGCAAAGUGCAAUUUUUGCCUGUGCCAGUUAUCACAUUAUUGGAUUGCUGGUAAGCAAAGCUUACCCAUCUGGUACUGGUUCAUUAAUUGAAGAUAUGCUUGGUGGUUCAUUUAACAAAUCUGGAGGAUUUUUCAGCAUUUAUGAGUUAUCUGCCUGUAUUUUUGGCGGUGUAACUGUGGCGCCUAGUGUAAUAUUUGGUUGCAUAAGUACUAAGUAUAACCUAAUGAAUUUGGGAUUAUGCGGACCGGAAAUGGCUUAUUUUAUUGGUUGUAUCGUACCCUUUCUAGUUACCUGGCCUCUUGCCAGCCAUGAACUCUUCUCAUCACUUUUGUCAUUUGUAUCAUUGCUUUCAUCAAUCAUUUGCAACUUUUACAUACCCGUGCGGAUUUAUCGUCAUGCGCUAAGUUUUGAAAGUGUAGAUUAUGAAAUACCGGUGAUUAUUGAUGAGCCACCAAAUUUAGCUGAUGAAUUUACCCACAAUGAUAAAUUCAAGCACUCAGAUUCAUCAGAUUUAGUCGAUUCGAUGCUACUAACCACGUCUACAAUGGAUACAAUAAAUGAUAAUGACAAUGGUGUUAGUUGUGAUAAUGAAUUGGAUAGCUUGAAUUCAUUAGAUUUGGAUAAUAUGGAAUCCGAGGCAGUAAAACCUUCCAUCCCCUUUACUGAAUUUAAAAUCAUACGCAAGAAUAAUAAUCCUGUAAAUGAUCAUCAUCAAUACAACGUUCUAAGGGCUCCCAAAAAGAUAUUAGAAUCGCGAGAUACUGUAGAAGAGAUUGUUGAUACAAAAAUACCACAGCCGCGUGUCGUAGUAUUUCCAUUCAAACUAAAAUACCAGUCACAAGCUACAAGGUUUAUAAUGUGGUUAAUUGUUGCAAUGGCUGGACUUGUAAUUUCUUCUGAGAUAUCCAAGAUAAUUUUUCGUUAG